CCACAACAUUAUAUCAUCUUGUGAACUAUGUCUACGCUUCACCAUUUAAAGUCGAUGUUCUGACACAAGUCCCUGCUUAUUCAAUCCGGGAUUCAAUGCCUCUCAAUAAGCAACAAGGUCUAGCAUCAGGAUCAUAAGAGACUCAACACCGUAAGGGGUUGGUUAACCGGAAGGUGCAAACGGUUUCUGCAUUUGUCUCGGCCGAACAUUCAGCAACGAAGUCCGAGUGACUUUUCAAACUGGAAUCAUUUCUGUCUCGACACCCUUUCCAUCGCUCACGUUCCUUCGCAGCCGCCACACACAAAAAUGUCUGACAGCGAAGACGAAGAUCUUGAGAGAACAAUUGCCCUGUCUUUGCAAGAUAUGGAGCAGCCACCAGAAGAACCAGAGAGACGCACCGCGCCCGUGAUCGAUCUUUGUAGCGACGAGGAAGACGAUGAUCUUGAUGCGCCGCUGGUACCCAAACCUACAGCUUCAGCAGGCAAACCAGCCGCAAAGCACGCGGUUAACGACAAGCUGGAGCGUGCCCAAAUCGUCGAUCUGAUAGAAGACGAAGGGGGAGUCGACAAUAUUUUGUCAAAGCCACCACCAUCACCACCACCAUAUGUGGCCGUCGAAGCUGAGUACAAAACAUCUGGUAUCCUUGGAAUGUUGAAUCGAAAGCAGAUGGAAGAGGAAAGACUCGCAAGAGCACGGAAAAGAAUGCAAGAAGCAGACGCGGGUGACUCGGAUGCCUCCCAAAGCUCCAAGAAGAGAAAGGCCACCAGCCCUCCUGCAGAUACGCUCCCCCGAGAAGGAAAGCAGAUUAUUCCGAAGCAAUCUUACACGUUGUCUUCACUUGUCUCUUCUGACAUUCAUCGCCCGACUUCGAAAUCCCUCCCAGGAAGCCAGAAUUCUUAUCGCAAUCCCCCCGCGGAAGCUACAGGCCCAAAAGACUCGUCUCAGGCGAUGCGAAACGAGGAACGCGAUGAGCCAACUUCGAAAAGUUACGAGAACGCAGGAAAAUUAUCAGAAAUAAUGUCCUAUAGAGCUCAAAACCUGGACUCUUCUGGUAUCCAAUAUCCAGAGGGGGUUGUGAAGAGAACGUGGGCUUACGGUUACCCUCGCCGUGGCGACGAUAUCAAAAUAGAAGAGGUUUUACAGAAAGAUACUUUGGAUUUUGCGGUGCUAUCCGCUUUUCAAAUCGACCCUGACUGGAUACGCCCAAAACUCAAUGAACGAACCAGAGUUGUAUGGGUGUUACAAGCAAAGACAGAAGCCGAAGUAAGUUGCUGGCAAUUCUCAUACAGUUCUCCGUCCCAACUCCACAUCUACUCUGGAGACUUCCCAUCGAGCCUUUCGGUCAUUCUUGAACCAGCUCUUAGCGGUCUCGGUCUAUGCGUCUUUUGUAAAGAAUUUGCAUCAUUAAAGUUCUGCCUCGUUCUUCAUCGCAAUGGAAAGGAACUUGUUGACCUACCAAGUCAAGAACUCAAUGGCCAUGGGCAGUUCAACCUCUAUGACGUUUCAAAAGUAAAAAAAAUGGACCAAACUGAUAUGCUCAAAACUUUGCUGAUUUAAUCGGAGAAAGUUCUUAUGCAUUUUCACGGUCGGAAACUGACAGCUCCUAGAAAGCCAACUACCGAUCUGAUGCACCAGACAACUAUCGAUUUUGCUUCCCAUCAAUGCAAGGGAAUGUCAAUUGUAUGCAUUCAAAGCUCCAGCUGUUGGCGCAUUCGACACACUUACGAGUUGUGGUGCCAAGCGCAAAUCUGGUUCCUUAUGAUUGGGGAGCUGGCGGAGUUAUGGAAAAUGUAAGUCUAUAUUGAACCCUUGGCAUAAAUAUCCAGUAUCAGCUUGGCACGAAUAAGGCCAUCGUCAUUAUGCCCUUUCCUAGCCAGAAAAUCCACUGGUAGCGAAGUCUCACCUUGAUAUAAAAAAGCCAAUGACUUGUUCUUGGUAUCCAGCAAAAAUGGCAUUAUUGUCUGGACAGCGAGCAGGAUGAAUCAAUCUUGGCAUUCUAGAACACCAAUCACUCUUGGCACAUUAGGAACAACAGAUUUCACCUUAGCAGAAGUCGCGCUCGCAAUUUCAUAUGAUUAUGUUCUAGACUAAGCUGAUGUUGGGACUAGGUAUGCUUCUUAAUCGAUCUACCCAGAUACCCGCAGCGCAGAGAGGCUGACCCCGGAACCUUCUUUGCUAUUGAGUUGAUGCAUUUUCUCAAAGCUAUGGGACUUGAGAAAGGAAUCAUAGAUAGCUUGAGAAGAUUUGACUUCUCACGCACUGAGCCACUGGCCUUUGUCCAUUCAAUGUAUGUAUAUACCUUAGGCCUGAUACUACCGUGAAACUACGCAAAUCAUUCUGACUUGACGUCUGUGAACAGAGGGGGUUCUCAUAGCGGUUCGGAUCUGAAGCGAACAGGGUAUGCUGGUCUUGGUAGAGCAGUUCGAGAACUCGGUUUAAAAUCCGAAAUAGCCUUACAUGUCGAUAUGCUGGUACGGCUUCUUCCUUUCAGAUUCUAAAUUUCCACCCCUGGCCGAACUUUGUUGACUGAUUUUGCUACAGGCAUCGUCCAUUGGAAGCCUAAACCUCAACUUUAUCAAAGCAAUAUUCUUGGCAUUGCAAGGUAUGUUAACAUCUAUCUCCUUGUUGUUCUCCCGGCUUGUCUUGCACUCGUACCAAAUUUGGGUGAACACCGUCGCCCACUGCGCAGCCCAGGAAGCUCACAAAAUUGACAUUCGAGCGCGAGAAGUCCCGGUCAUUCCGGUCCGAAUUUCCAGGACACUUGAUGUCGGAUAUUGUGGCUGGGAAUAUCAACUUGGAAUAUGCUGACGUUAAAACGUUCUCUAGGCGACAGCGGAAUGAUGGAGUACGAGUGGAGAACAAACAAAUCCUCCAAGAACAAAAACAAUGCGGAAUCGGCAGUCGAACGUAAACUCACGGACGACUUAAAAAAGUACUUUCGAUUCUACUUCCCCACCAAGGAGACCGUUGCAAACAGUAAAGGUGGUCUUGGCGUAAGUUUAACUACCUUGGAUUUAACUGGUGCUCAUUAUGGGCACUGAGCACUGAGUGAGCAUUGACAUACCUUGUAGGCUGGUGGUACGAUUUGUAUCCAACGACAAUAUUACGAAAAGGAUACAUUUCCGCGCGAGCUGAUGCGCGACUGCAAAAGCAGCCUUAGACCCGGUGUUAUGAUGCACAGCAAAAUGAUAUUUGUGAGACCUCAUAAGCCUACUCGAAAUGGCGUGAAGGCCUGGGCCUACGUGGGUUCUGCAAAUUUGUCCGAAGCUGCUUGGUAUGUCCGGUAUUUCUUUUUCUUUUUUUGAGUUCUGUCGUUGACAGUUCAACCUUUCCUGCAUGUGACUGCUUGAUCGUCUGAUUAAGUUUCAACUUUCAACAGCAGUAGCGCCGUGCAAUCGUUUCCUGUCUGGCCAGAGGGUUCAUACCACUUCCACUUUUAACCGGACGGGAGAUGUAUGCCCUAUCCAGCUGAGACUUCUCGAAUCAUGACGGAUCCAAUCUGCAAGAAAGACAAACGUGCACUAGGCCAUUCUACCUUUUUGCCACAUGCUACGAUGGAACGCUAUAUCAUUCAUCCUUCCCGUCUCCCGCUCAGAGGCAUUCCCUGUUGAGAUGAAAUUGUAAUGACAAUAUGCUAAUGGGUGAAUUUGUGUUGAAGGGGACAUAUUUCGAAAGACAAGACGACAAAAGAUCUCAAGAUUACCUGCCGCAAUUGGGAAUGCGGUGUCAUUAUUCAGAUCCCUAGAGAUGCCACUGAUGUGAAUGAACACGAUGGGCCUUCUGAUAUCGAUAUAUUCAAAGGUCAUAUACCGAUCCCAAUGGUCGUUCCGGGGGAAGAGUACGCCGGGCGAGAACCGUGGUAUUUUAGAGAGGGGCGUAGCUAACCUGGUACUGAAACGUGGACCGGAGAAUUUUGGAAGCAGGGUUGUGUACUCGAGCAGACCUGAGUUUGACAAGAAACGUAUCGGCCAUUUUGACAAGUGUUCUACUCCUAAGCAUUCUUUUUAAGACUUUCCGUAGACUCGAAGCAUCGGUACGAACCUAUCUAUUGCGUCAAUUCACC